AUGACCACCCAAUCCCCCCCAACCAUCUGGCACGGCGACGGCCGCGAACAAGCCCUCCAAACCCACCUCCUCCAACACCCCGCCGCCGCCCACCUCCGCAACAACCCCACCGCCAUCCUCACGGAAAUCGACAACUGGGCCACCGCCCACAACCACUGCAUGAUGACCAUCGGCCCCGAACGCAGCCAGCCCAUCGUCGAUCUCAUCCGCUCCUCCUCCCCGCGCACGAUAGUCGAGCUAGGCGGCUACAUCGGCUACUCCGCCAUCCAGUUCGCCGACGAGCUGCGCCGCACCAACACCACCACCACCCCCGGCCACGCAGCACGGUACUACAGCCUCGAGAGCAACGCGGCGUACGCGGCGGUAGCGCAAUCGCUGAUCGACUUCGCGGGGCUGGGGGAUCUGGUGCGGGUGCUUGUGGGCGAGGCGAAGGAGUCGUUGGCGCGGGUGGCGCGGGAACUUGGGGGCAACGCAGCGGUGGAUCUGCUGUUUGUCGAUCAUUGGGGGGAGCUGUAUCUUCCGGAUUUGCUGGUCGCCGAGAAUUUGGGGCUGUUGAGGGAGGGCGCGCUGGUCGUGGCGGAUAAUGUGGGGAUGGAGGGGGCGCGGGCGUAUGCGCGGUGGAUGGAGCAGGCGGUGCAUGAGGUCGAGGGGAGGGUGGUGCGGUAUGAGAGUCGGACGUUGCCUUAUACUUUGGUCAAUGGGCAGGAGGAUGCUGUGAUGAUUAGUAGGAAGGUUUAGGGGUGAGGAGUGUCUGGAGUGGCGUUGGUG